GAUAAGGAGAGCUCACUGGGGAAGAGGAUGACCCAUAUGCUUUGAAAACUGAAACAUAGUACAGUAACACAAACAGUGCCACACACGAGAAAAGGAACCAGUGAACCAGGAGCAAAGGGCCAAAGGGAAAGCGAAGGAGAGUGUGAGGUAGGGAGGCAAACAAGCGUGCUUGGUGUGACUAAGACAGCACUACGAGGGAAAGGAAGAGACUGGUAGGGGUGUGGGUACAGAAAAAGGCUGCGUACGAGAGUCAAUCAGAUCUGGGCUCUCAUGAUGUCUCCCACCUUUCCCUUGUCUUCCUUUCCUUGCAUAUUCUCUUUGCCGAAGGCACUGAAUGAAAUCAGAGCCAUGGCAGAUUCGCAGCCUUGAACGAAGGCCAUCCAUGUCCAGGGUUGAACAGGCCGGAGGUCUUCGUGCUUGAGGCUUGUAUAGGGUUGCAGAGUCCGCUUGUGAAUCUGAUGAGAUGAUCAGAACUUUUCUACUCACAAGCAUGAUGAUGAUCAGAUCAUGAUCAUCUGUGUCAUUCCCUCUCCAUGAUGUGACAAGCCGUAACACAUUGAUAAGACAUGAGUGUGUGACGCUUCAAUAUUUUUAUUUUUCCUUCUAUUUUUUUUUCUUAAUUGUUGGGUUCAAAUAUUUGUACAUAGGACAGGACACGUGAGUUUGGUUGCAGUAUAUGCACAGUCGAGUACAAGUGUCAUCCUUCUCAUCCCCCCUCCCCCACCUUUCAUGUGACACACGCCAUCACAUUCAAAAUUGAGUCAAGCCCCAUUAUCGACAUUUCCCACCCAAUUCAUCACCCUUUCCUGUCUAUAUGUAUUCUCGCUUCGUUUCCAACUUCUUCUCACCCAUCCCUUUCUUCACGCUCGAAUAGAGGAGAGAGUGAGAGAGAGAUGAGGGCUUAUGCUUUGCAUACUCUCCUCCUGCUGCUGCUACUACUAUUAUCAACCCGAGCUCAAGAGCUCCAGACUCUGUUAUCCAUCCGAUCAUCCACCGACGACCCACUCCACUCCCUCUCCACCUGGAACUCUUCCACCACCUCCUUCUGCACGUGGGAAGGCCUCACGUGCGACUCUUCCUCCCGCCACGUCUCCGCCGCCCGGCUCUCCGGCAAAAACCUCUCCGGUGCGCUCCCCGCUCCGCUCCUUUCCCUCCCCUUCGUCGCCGCCGUGGACCUCUCAUUCAACGGCUUCUCUGGCGUCUUCUCCUUCCCCCGCUUCGCCCCCUCCCUCCUCUACCUCAACCUCAGCAACAACAACCUCUCCGGCCCGGUCGGUUUCGUCUCCGACAGCGGUGGCGGAGGACUGCUUAGCUUGCAGGUGCUCGACCUCUCCAAUAAUUUCCUCACUGGGCCGAUACCCGACGAAAUCUUCCAUCUUUCACGCCUCAAGGUCCUGGAUCUUGGUGGGAAUUACUUCCGAGGACGAAUCCCCAUCUCCAUCUCCGAGCUUCGGAGCUUGCAAUUCUUGACCUUGGCCUCCAAUGAGCUCACCGGGCCGAUCCCGGCCCAGCUCGGCGAGAUCACAGCCCUCCGAUGGGUGUAUCUCGGGUACAACAACCUCUCCGGCGAGAUCCCACCGGAGAUCGGGAACCUGACGGCGCUCGAGCACCUCGACCUCGUGUACAACAAUCUCACCGGAGGGAUCCCCGGCUCGAUCGGGAACCUGGGGAAAUUACAGUACCUUUUCCUGUACCGGAACCUCUUGUCGGGCCCCAUCCCACCGUCCGUUUAUAAUCUGACGGCCAUGAUCGCGUUGGACUUGAGCCAGAACGAGCUGUCCGGCGAGGUCUCGGAGGACGUAGUGCGUCUCGAGAAUCUCGAGGUGCUGCACCUAUUCUCGAACCGGUUCGAGGGGGCCAUCCCCAGUUCGCUCGGGGCGAUCCGGCAGCUCCAAGUCCUGCAGCUGUGGUCGAACCGGUUCCAGGGACCGAUUCCGAGCUCGCUCGGCCUCGGAAACGACGACCUCGCCGUCCUCGACGUCUCCUCGAACAACCUCACCGGCCGGGUGCCGGAGCACCUCUGCUACUCGCUCCGUCUGGUGAAGCUCAUCCUUUUCUCCAAUGCCCUCCACGGCGGCAUCCCCCCAGGUCUGAGCCGGUGCCGCACCCUGGAGAGGAUCCGGAUCGAGAACAACCAGCUCUCCGGCGAGAUACCGCUGGAAUUCGCCCGGCUCCCCGCGGUCUACUACCUCGACGCCUCAGGGAACGGGUUCUCCGGAGAGAUUAGCCGCCUGCGGUGGGAGAUGCCGGCGCUGCGGAUGCUGAGCAUCGCAGGAAACAAGUUCUCCGGGCCCCUGCCGGAGUCCUUCGGGGGUGACGAAAUCGAGCACCUCGAUCUGUCCAAGAACCAGUUCGCCGGCGGCAUCCCGGCGGGAUUCAGGCUGUUCACUGAACUAUCGGAUCUCAAUCUCAGCGGUAAUCGGCUCUCUGGUGUGGUCCCGGAAUCGAUUGGCGAGUUGAAGAGAUUGGUGAGACUGGACCUCAGCAAGAACCACCUCUCCGGCGAGAUCCCGACUGGCAUCGCUGAUCUACCGGUCCUUAGCGCCCUGGACCUGUCAGAGAACUGGUUCUCCGGAGAGAUCCCGCCGAGUUUGGGCAAGACCGGCGCGCUGGUGUCGAUCAACGUCUCUCACAACAGGCUCAUCGGUGGUGUCCCGGCGACCGAAGCGUUUUUCUCUGUGGAGGCAGCUUCGCUGGUCGGGAACUCGGGCCUCUGCGGCGGUGGGCCCAAGACCGGUCUCCUGCCAUGCGAGGCCGCCUCCGCGAAGACGCCGUGGUGGUUCCCGGUCACGGUUCUGGCUGCGGCACUUGUCAUCAUCUUCCUCUCCGUUAUCUUGACCUUUCUAGCCAGAAAGUGGUGGCGAGGCGGAGAGUUCGAGAUAAAGAAGGCGGAGACUGACAGUAACGUCGUCUGGGAGGUGCGGGUUUUCGACGGAACUUUGUCAACGGUGGAAGCCAUCCUGAGGACCAUCAAGAACGCCAAGAGUGGAGCUGUCAGCAACAGCGAUGGUGAAGGGAGGUGGUUCACGGUCAGGGAGGUGAAGGAGGUGCCGGGGUUAGGAUGGGCAGAGGUGACGAAGUUGGGCAGGUCGAGGCACCGCAACGUGGCCGGAUUUGUUGCGGCAUGCAGGUCGGAGAGUAGGUGGGUGUUUGUGUAUGAGCCGACCGCCGGCGCGAGAUGUUUGGGCGUCGCGAUGAGGGAUUUGAGCUGGAAGCAGCGUCAUCGAGUCGCCCUCGGCGUCGCAAAGGGCCUCCGCCACCUUCACCGCUGCGGUUUACUCGGCGCAGUGCUGACGGCGGACACCGUGGUUUUGGACGGCGACGGCGAGCCUCGCCUUGUGCUCGACGUCGCCAACGUCCGUCCAGGGGAGGCGAGGACCGAUGUCUACUACUUCGGCGUGCUGCUGGCGGAGCUACUGACCGGGCGGCGCCACCACGACGGCGAGGAGGGAGGAGGCUCCGGAGGCGUAGUGGAUUGGGCCCGCUACUGCUACCGCGAGCGCCACGUGGAGGCGUGGAUCGACCCUGCGAUGAGCGGACAGGUCAGCCAGCACAGAGACGAGAUGAUCGGAGCCAUGGGUUUGGCUGUCCGGUGCACUUCGGCUGAGAGGCCAUCCAUGAAGGAGGCGGUGAAACUUUUGGUUGGAUUCGAAGGGAAGACGUCGUCAUGGCUUUCCAAGGUUACGAGAGCCACAUGGAUUUACUAGCUGCUGCUUGACGCAUGCAUGUAAAUAGUACAAGUGAUGAAGACAGUAAAGUCAGAGACUUGCUUGGGGAUGUUUGCAUGAGUAGCUGCUAAGUAAUAAUAUGGGAAAGGUGAAGAGAGUUCACUCUCUAGGGUUCUUGUGUGAUGGGAUAGAUCAAUCAAAGCUAUGUAAAGAUGUUCUUCCUUAUUGAAAGUAAAGAUCUUAGUUGUCA